ACGCCAGUCUGUCGGGGGUCGAAGUGUCGGCUACAUCGGUUCGGUUGGUUUUCGUCGCAUACCACGGCGUCCCAGCGGCGCUCUCACCCUUUCGCGGUAAUACCGUGCCCACCCCUGAUCACGUCACGCGAGAUUCGUCGCGGUGCAUCGACCAGCGUCGACGUCAACGGUGCAGUGCCAGAGAGGGUGGUAUAGUUUGCCGCGACCCGACCGGAGUAGAGCUUGACGAGGGAAGAAACGCGGGGGUGGCCGUUUCGCUUUUGGCCCAGUCCCACUACACCACCUUUCUCUCGGAUUUUUCGGUGCGCCUCUUUCGCUUUAGCUCCGGGGUGUAGUUGUGCCGGGGAUAGUUGCUUCCAGCGAGCGAGAACGUCUGUCCGGUGUGCAAUUCGGCGAAACUUGAAAUUACUUUCGGCGCAUCCGAUAAAUCGGUCUUAUCGGGAAACGAUUUUCCCGACUCGGCAAAGUUUGAAGAAAUACUCCGGACGGGGUGCCGGCGCGGGUCGCCGGGAGGGUGGAGAGAGUAGGCGGUGGAUGCUCGUUAAGCUAUGUGCAAAAGGAAUCCCGUACACUAGUGCUUGACCCGUUGUGAUGAAGAAACGAUGAUAGCGUGCGACUAUCGUAGUCAUAGUGUUGUGCCGAUGAUCGGGGAUCAUCGCUCAGUGAUCGUCGAUCGGGAAAGUGCGAAUUAAAGAUAAUUCUAAAUUUGUUUCUGUCUACAAGUGUCUAUUUAAAGAAACCUACGGGAAAUUAGCUGUUCAUCGGUAGUGCGAUUCUAAUCUAACUAGGUUAAUUGAAAAUUGAAGCUGUUGUCUCGACUCAAGAAUACCGUCACAUCGGUGAGAAGAUUUACAUUUUAUGCUGGAGAGAUACUGAAAGGUUUAAAUAUAACAGUGACGUACUUCUUGAACGCAACAAGCGAAGCAGCUUCCUGGAUGCUUCUUUUAUUUCUCAUCGUGGUGCGCGUGUCUUUGUGCAUACAUCGUUUUAAGCAUCAGAAAAGCCGAAGCAGCUAAUGAAUUUUCAAUUCCACAUUUAUCGAUCGCAAGAGAAAUCUGACGUUCUUUAAAACAAAUAAUUCGUUAAAGUUUUACGCUACAUUUUGCUUUUCUCAACAAUUGAAAAUUAAAUCAACGUCAGUUCCUUCACCCGCGGUGAUGUUUUUCAGCGAAUUAGCUUCCGAAGAAAAGUCCGUUUGCUGAAAAAUUAUUACAUCAGUGAAGUUCCAUUUGACUCGAUCGAGAGAUUAGUUCGAUGAAUCACGAGAUGAGAGUCAGGUACGACUCUCGUUAUCUUCGAUCCGUCCAAAGAAAUUUUGAAUGAGAGAUUGGAAAAUUAUUUCUCUUGUAUUUCCCUCCUUUUUCUCGCCAAAGAAAAGAUGAAACGAGUUGGUAAAUAUUCCAAGAGCGGCCUGCUUCUGAACGUGAUUAGAGCCGGUGCAUUCUAUCUCUUUCGAUACAUUAAGCACGCUAUCAAAAACGAGAUCGUCUUUGUGUGAGCGAUAAGACACGUGUGUGAAUUCUUUUUAUAUCAGUAAACGUGAUUGAAGAACGGAAAAUCGUCAAAAGACAAGGUCACUCUCGUGGGUGUCGAAGAAAUCCUGCUUUUAAUCGAAAGUUCCAAUCUAGACAUUACGGUCUAUCGCGGAAAAGUGUAAAGUGGAAAGUUACCUUUUCUGACAGUGUGUAAAUAAGUAUUUUACUUAUUGUUCUCAUUAGACGUCCAACGAUAAAUUCACAUGACGAUUUUUCCUACGUAUAGAAAAUCUCCAUUGUUCAGUGGAAGCAGCAAGACGAAAUACUGAAACCAGAGACCAUUAAAACUUGCAAUUUGAUAGCACGAAGCUGAUAAUAAUUAAGUCUAAAGGAUAAUGAUGACGUUUAUAAGGAUAUACUGAUCUUCGUUACAGCAUCGACAGAAUAUCUGAAUUUAUUCGACGUUUCUUAAUACCUAAUUAAAUAUAAGACUGGAAAAAAUCUAAUGACAAAUACAAUCUCUGUGACUAGGAAGAUAUAACUCAGGAUGUUUUCCAAUCUAUUAAUCUGCAGUCUUCCCUAGAUCAAUUGCAAAAUAGAUAGUUAAAGACGAUUUGCAAUCAUUUUUUUCCUGAAUUGUUUAAACAAAGAGAAUGUAAUCCACGCACAAGACUAUCGCAAUCUUUCAAGACCAACAAGUUGAACAAAUUAUGGAAAAUCUGCUUUAUUUUCAUGAGUUUCUUGUAUGUGUGCUGCGUUUAAACUCAGGAAUAUCUAAAUAAAGACAAUAGUUCUGUUUUAGAAUUACUAAACGAAAUCAAGACCAUGAUUUAUUUAAGCUGAACUAUCAAAAAUGCUAUUGUAAAAUAGCAACUAACUUUAUCAACUUUUACUUCCGGUUAAGAUCGCCUCAAGUACAUUGAUUGAGCCAAGUAAAGUCUCACGGUUAUUGAACUGUCCUUCACUUUGAAAGAGACUGAUGUAUCUAGGAGGUGGACGAGCUUUUGAGAGCCGCGAGAUGGAUCAGUUUGCGUACGUCCGCACCUCUGGAGGUGGUUAAGGCGGAAAUAGUUGCGGUGGAAGACAAGGAAGGCGGUAUGAGAGACGUCGGAACGGCGGAAAAGUGAUCGGCGGAGUUGACGCCGAAGCAGGAGGUGACGCUGAAGACGUCGGUGAUCACGUCAAGAUGACGUCAUCGAUCCUGGCGCUGCUCAGCUUGAUCCUGGCGACCGCCGGUGCUGAGCUGAGCUCGAGAAUCGUCAGGACUAAGUACGGCGAGCUGUCGGGCGUGAUCGUUACCCUCGAUCGAUAUCUCGAAGGUGUCGAGGUAUUCCGCGGCGUGCCCUACGCCUCGCCACCGAUAGGCUCGUUACGCUUUAUGCCGCCCGUCAGCGGUGCCCUUUGGCAUGGUGUUAAGGUCGCCGACAAGUUCGGACCCGUCUGUCCCCAGAAGCUGCCCGAGCUCAGCGACAAGAUGCCCAAGGGCAGGGUAGAGUAUCUCAAGCGACUGCUGCCCUACCUCAAGAACCAAAGCGAGGAUUGCCUGUACCUCAACAUUUACACCCCGGUUCAAGCCGGCGCGAGGGACGGUGGCAGUAGAAGAUAUCCCGUGAUUGUGUUCGUGCACGGCGAGAACUACGAAUGGAGCAGUGGAAAUCCUUACGACGGCAGCGUCCUGGCGAGUUACGGAGGCGUCGUCGUCGUCACCAUUAACUAUAGACUCGGCAUUCUGGGCUUUCUAAACGCCAACACAGACUCGCACUUACGCUCGCCGGCGAAUUAUGGUCUGAUGGACCAGAUCGCAGCGUUACACUGGGUACAGGAGAACAUCGCUUAUUUCGGAGGUGAUCCCAAAAACGUCACGCUGGUGGGACACGGUACCGGUGCCGCCUGCGUGAACUUCCUGAUGACCAGCCACGCUGUUCCUGACGGUCUGCUGUUCCAUCGGGGCGUUCUGAUGUCGGGUAGCGCGCUUUCACCCUGGGCGUUGGUGAGAGGCGCCGCCAAUUACGCCAUGCAGGUCGCCAAACACCUAAAUUGUUCGUCGGUGGCGGAAGAUCCUCAGGCUCUGCUCAAGUGUCUGAGAGAUGUGUCCUUGAGCGAAUUGGUGUCUGUGCCUGUUAAAGGGCUCGAGUUCGCGCCGGCCUUUGGCCCCAGUAUAGACGGCGUCGUAAUCGAUCCUGGCGAUCCGGAGGAUCAGGACUACACCCUGCAAGUCGACACGAUCAAUACGCUCAACAACAUCCUUCUGAGGAAGGAUGUCGUGGCAAAACUGUCGAGGUACGAUUUGAUGGUGGGUGUUGUUCGCUCCGAGGCGUAUUUUUCGUUAACCGCCGACGAUGCUCAGUACGGGAUCGAAGCCGACAGAAGGACGAAGAUCCUGCGCGAAUUCGUGCGGAAUACGUACACGUAUCACCAACCAGAGAUCCUAGCAACCAUAAUAAACGAGUAUACGGAUUGGGAGCGACCUGUGCAACAUCCCGUCAAUAUUAGAGACGAGACUCUAGAAGCCCUGGGGGACGCGAAUACGGUUGCUCCGGCGACGAGAACCGCGGAUCUUCACAGCCAAUCCCAUAGGAACUCCUAUCUAUAUGUCUUCGACUAUCAAACAAAAUUCGGAGACUAUCCUCAGAGGCCAGGAUGCAUCCACGGGGAGGAGCUGCCAUAUUUUUUCGGAGCGCCCCUGGUCGGAGGUUUGUCCCAUUGGCCGAAAAACUAUACUAGGGCCGAGAUAGCGCUCUCCGAGAGCGUGAUACUCUAUCUGACAAACUUUGCACGCACCGGGAAUCCGAACGAGGGCACUCCUGAUCCUGGGCCUCUCAGUUCCAGACCAGAAAGGACCAAGUUUAAAAAUAUCGACUGGACCGCUUAUGAGGCCGUCCACAAAAAAUAUCUUAGCAUAGAGCUCAAAUCGAAACUGAAGAACCACUACAGGGCCCAUCGCCUUUCUUUUUGGCUAAAUUUGGUGCCUGAUCUUCACAAACCCGGCUCGGACGACGUUCCUAGAUCGCAUCAUCUUCUCGACGCCGAGCAGGUGCCACCCAGAUUCAUUCAGAGGGUACCAACGACCGCGAGAACGACCACCUUGGAGGUAACUUCCAUUGAGAAAUCCUCGACUAACGUGUCAACGGCCAUGCCUAGCGACAUCACCUUCGAGGAUACCACGGCGUUACCUGAAGAUGGCUUCGCGGCGUAUUCCACCGCCCUGAGCGUGACAAUCGCGAUCGGUUGCAGCCUGCUGAUCCUAAACGUACUCAUUUUCGCCGGGGUGUAUUAUCAGCGCGACAAGAGCAACCAUCAGCAUCACGGCUGCUCGAAGAAGCGCCAGGAGAACGGCCAGAUGCCGAACAACAUUUGCGGCGAACUGGAGACCAAGACCGCCGAAAGACAUCACAUCCAGCACAUACCACCGCCGGAGUUCGCUGACCUCCAGAACAAUACCUGUCACGUGCCUAUGCCGCCCCCGCCACCGAAGAAUACGAAGCCCGGCAAGCCUGGCCAGAAUCUCAUCAUCAGUCCGAAUCAGCUCCAGCAGGAGAGUUUGGCUAUGACCGGUACCGGGACCUUGAAGAAGGGACACAAUCACCCUCAAGUCAUGGAGGAGCUAAGGGUCUGACUCUAGGAGACCGCGCGGCCAAACAACUAACAUGGCCGCGAGGAAAUUAGGAUCCUGAAACAAGCAAGCGUCAGAGAAUCACUGCGAAAUGGAGCUCUCCAUUAUCAGUCUGACCAUGGACACAAUCAGGACGAACUACAGAAGAGAAAUACAAUCAUUACCAGGUCACAGAGAAGCUGAGAAUCAGACUCUAGCGAAUACCGAAAAUUUUAGAUUAGAAUCGUGAAAUCGUCGAGUGUCGGGAAACCGAGAUGACUUUUCAGAAGAUUUUUCGUCAUUUUCGUUUAGCUAUAAACGGCGUCAGAAGAAACCGCAAGAGAGAGAGAGACGAUUAAAAGAGACAAAGUCUGAAAUCAAAACGGAAAUUCCGUUUUAGGAAUAAUGAUUUCCAAUGAUACUCGACGGAAAAUGGAACAAUUCUUCAAGAUUUUUCAAGGCGACCGUGAUAUUGUCGAUAGAUAGGAAGUGAUAAAGGAUGAAAAGUGAAUGAAGGACUUUCAUUGUUACGUGAAAAGUAUGUAUUAGUGCAGGGGCGUAACUGGGAUUUUGAUCCCGGAAGCCAACUGCUGGCCUUUAUAUAGAGCCAGAAAAACUCAGGGUCCGAUCGUGUUCGGGCCAAACAGCUGUUGCUUCCAUUCGCCAUGCCCCUGUAUUAGUGGCAAUGCCAUACUGUUAUCGUUUUCUACCUUUCGAAUUUGCGACCAACUGCCGAAAAUCACAUAGUCUUCGAUGGAUAGACAAAUCUGUUAAAUAGGACUCUUCAUCCUCUCAAGAAAAUAAUUGAAUUAUUUUCUUUUUCACAUUCUUAUUUUAUAUUUAUAUUUUUUUUCAUUUUAAGAUUUUAAUUUUGUUAAUAAAAAUUGUCAUUUUUAUUUAUAUAUAUAUUUUUUACAAUUUUUAUUGUAAACAUUCAUUGUAAUAAAUUAGUAAGUCAUUUUCUUACGUACACAACAUUAAUGAUCAAAAUUAAUAAUGCUUUUUUAAUCUGCUUUUAUGUUAUUUGUUGUUAUUCUUCCUUCUUCUCCCUCUUUCAUUACCCUUCCACGUAAUAUAGACUGAAGGCUCGAGCUGAUUUGAAUCGUGCCGACACUGUCCUCGUUCUUCCGAGUGAUGAUGAUUAUGACAAUGGUUCGAUUCGCUGCCACGACGGUUUAUUUCUAUGACGUCGAUCGUUCAAAUGCUCAAUUAAAUACUUAACACUUUCUUUCUCUUUCUCACGUAACUAAAUUUUUACAAAAACCAAAUUUAUCACUAGCAGCACGCCAAAAAUUGACAGAACAAAGUUUUGAUAAUUUCGUAAAAUUAUUGCAAUAUUCUGAUAAUUUUUUACAAAUUAAAAUACAAAAUAAAACUAAACAGAAACAAAUUUCUGCCUAAUAAAAAUUUGAUAAACUUCUGAGAAUGAAAGGGUUAAAAGUGAGCGAUCGAAAAUUGAAUAACUUUUUUUUAACAUAGGAAUAAAAGAAAGUCGAAUGGGCGACACACUCAACAGUAUACUGCCAAACGAUCGCGAAUUAAGGAAACAAUGCGAAUCGUUGAAUGAAAAAUCUCUCGUGAUAAGUUAAAAUUCGAAGAUGGAAAGCUGCUACGAUAGAAAAAAAAACGUGUCGUUUUUAAUCCAUUAAUAUUUUGCAAAAAUGAGACAACUGCAAAUUUAAUCAAUGUUAUUUUAAAUAUAAACGUGUCCAAAAGAAUUAUAUGCGAGGCAGGCAUUCGCAUAAAAAUUAAUUGAUUGCAAAUUACUUUAUUAAAAACUAUUUCAAAAAAUUAUUGUACAUAAAAAUUUUAUUAGAUACUAUUCAUUAAUUUAAUUUUACUAAUUUCACAAAUCUCAUAUCAUUCGUCAGUUUUGUAUCAUUUUUAAAACUAGCAAGUAACAAGAAGAAAGAAGGAAGAUUAAAUUUCUAGAGUUGUCCUAUUUUUAAAGGGUUAACAAAGAUUUUUUGAAUAUCUGAACAGGGCGACUGUUAAAAGAACUUUUGAAAUGCAAUUUCGACUGUAAAUAAAGGUUAAUUAAGUUUAGGUCUGUCGCUGAUGCGCUGUUAACGAGUGAAGGAUACCGAAAAACUCGGGAAUACCUCUGAUUGUAAUAAUAUUGCACAUCAACGAGAAAAACGGUAUGUCAGCGUAGUCGGAAGCACACUGGACGUAAUUUUAAAUUUGUAUAUAAUUGACAUUACAAUAAACUAUAUAAUAAAUUA